AUGAAGAGAGCAGGGACGUGGGAUGAUGCGCAGACAAUUUCUUCGGAUUCAUCCAGCUCAGAUUCAAAGAACAGUAAGCCACAGUCGGGCAAGAAGCCGAACAAUAGAGAUGAUCUUGGCGUGGUCAAAUGUACUAGCUCAGAAGGUUAGACCAUUCGAUUGUUCCUUAAUAUUGUGUAGCCGCCUUUCCAUUUACAGCAAUGGGCUGAUACAUACUAUCCUUGACUGUGCAGUCGUUUCCAUUGCUUUUUCCCGUCAGAGAGCCUUUUCAAAUAUCGUAGGCUUACUUGCAUUGUGCAUUAGUGAGUCAUUUAGAAUAUGGGCACAUUGGGUGUCCUGUACAAGGUCUGACGGUAGAACCCCUCUCUCUCUCUCUCUCUCUCUCUCUCUCUCUCUCUCUCUCUCUCUGUAACCCUAGAUUUCUGACAAAUGCAUGUCUGCUGUCAUAAUGCAGGUCAUUACGGUGUGCCCUUUUGUAACUAUGCCGUUAAAAAUUUGGGGAUCCAUCAUUAGAAAAAAAAAAAAAGAUGGAUGCCCACGUUGACUUUGUCACUGGGAAGAUCCUAGAAUCAACAUUUUCUCUUUUUAAGGGGAGAAGGCUUCUUUUUUAGCCCAGAAUAAAACUGCAAAGUCUUGUUCUUGAACAUGAUUAACUAUCAUGGGUUUCUGAAUUUCCUCCAUAAUUUUACUUAAUUUUGCUGUUUCUCCUAAAGUUCUUGCCAGUUAGUCUUUGCCCUAUAUUUCUGAUGAAAUGUCCCCCACAUCGAUCGCAACGCAGGCACUGACCCGGAUGGACUGAUCAGGAGGGCCGAGAUGUACCAAGAAUUCAUGAGGCUCCUUGCGAUCCCCCAUCAUCGGGGGUCGGUGAUCCCCUUCAUGUCCUGGCAAGGGCUGGGGAGGUCUAUGAAACAGCUCCAUGGGCAGCCCUUGCACUAUCUGACGAAUCUCCUCUUGAAGCAGUGGGACCAGCAGAGGGUCGGGGCUGAGAAGGAGCACCAGCGGCUGGACUCAGUCGUCCACCCGGCCAAGGCCGAGUCCUUCAUCUGGGUCUGUGAGGAGGUCCACCGUCUCACCUGCUCCCCCUUCCAUCUGGCUAAGCUUUGGGCCGCUGACGACAUGUUUCAUGCCUCCAUUGAUCCCAUCUUUCCAGAGAUUACACAGGAACCCAUCUAG